AUGAGACCAAGAAAUGGCUUCUCACUGACGAAGAUGGGAAACAUCCGCAUACCGUACACGAUUACAGGACCAUUUAAACCUGCUGAAGAAGACGCGAUAGCUGAAGCGAUGAAGCGAAUCGCAAAAAACACCUGUAUUCGAUUCACCGAACGGAACGAUGAAGAGGACUAUAUCGAUUUGGUGAACAAAGAAGGCGAAGGAUGCAUUACGAAUGUCGGACGUGUAAGCGGUAGAGGUCUUGUGCAACUCGAAUCGAGCAAAAAUGCAACAUGCAUGAUGACGCCUACUGUUAUGCACGAGUUGAUGCAUAGAUACGAUCGCGACGAAUACAUCGAUGUUAUCUUUGAAAAUAUCGCUAAAGAAUACCACGAUCAAUUUACGAAAGUGUCACCGUCCAAGGCUACCACUUACAAUGUACCGUAUACUUAUACGUCUGUGAUGCAUUAUGGACAGCGGGCCUUUGCGAAGCCAAACAAAAUCAGCAUGCGGACCAAAAAUCCGGAAUUUCAGGAUGUGAUCGGUAACGCCGAUGACGCCUCGCCUUUCGACUAUAUGAAGAUCUGCGAGAUCUACGGUUGCAAGCAAUGUAUGGGCAGGUCACAAUGA